GUAGUCGCCCUCUUUCAUCUGCACACUUGUUCCUUGCGAAAAUGCCUCCUAAGAAGGAUUCAAAGCAGUCGUCCAAGUCCUCUAAGCCAGCUGCCAAGUCUAGCAGCGGUGGCAAGGCAAAGAAGAAGAAGUGGUCUAAGGGAAAGGUCCGUGACAAGCUCAACAAUCUUGUUAUGUUUGACAAGGCUACCUAUGACAAGCUCUACAAGGAAGUACCAACCUACAAACUCAUCACACCAUCAGUGGUUUCUGAGCGUCUCAAGAUCCGUGGUUCCCUUGCCAGAUUUGCCCUUGAGGAACUCCUCAGGAAAGGUUUGAUCAAGCAAGUUGUGAAACACAGCUCCCAGCUUAUCUACACCCGAAACCCCAAGGGUCAGGAGGCUUAGGUUAUUGACCUCUCAUGUCAAAGGUCACAGAAAUGCAAGAUCUGUUUCUGCUCGUGUACAAAGUGUUGCUAUGAUAUGUCUCUAGUGAUGUAAAAUAAAGAUCCGUACAGAGAACAUCAA